UUUCCUUCCGCGUGCGCCCUUUAGUUGCUAAGAUACGGUGCUUCGUGCAUAGAUGAUGCUCGACUAAAUGACGCUGAAUUAAUCCCAUCAGAAGAGAUUUCCGAAAAUUAUUAUUUAUUAAUAUGGACGAAGGAACGGAAAUAUCUGUCACCAUUGCUCAAGUUGUCCAGCGGCUGAGGGGAACUCAUUUACACUCCCAGCUGGAGAAACAAGCCAAAGAAUGUUUACACAGCCCGGAGAUAAAGCUCGAAUCUUUAAAAGAAGAUGUCCGGAAUUUCCUCAGAGCGGCAGGUACGCAGGGUGCGCCGGCUUCCUCAUCCGGGUUGGGAGAGGAAGUUGCAAAAUGCAGUAUACAGAGAAUUGCACAUUUUGCCUCCACCUGCUCACCCUGCAGCUUCCCCAGAGCACAUAAAAGAACCACUGGAGUACAUGCGCAGAGCCCAGGCAUGCUGGGAGAAGAGGAUCCUCAAGAGUCUGAACAGCAUGUGUACUGAGUUGGGGGUUCCUCUGGCCCACAAGCGGCCUGUUGCAGAUCAGAGACAUUUAACUAACAAAUGGAAUGAAUUGGGCACAGAUGAACCAGAUCUGACCAGGUUCAGGCCUGUAUAUGCACCCAAAGACUUUCUAGAGGUGCUGAUUAAUCUGAAGAACCCCAAUCAUGACAUUAGUGAAAGGCUCACAGCUACGAGCCACCGGGGACUUAUUCAGGUUUCUCUUAAUGUCCGUGAUAUCCCACAGCUGAGAAAGGCUUAUCCAGAACUGAGUCUGAAUUGCAGCCAACUCGGAAUAGACGAUCAUGCGCACAUCUCCCCCGAUUUAUUUGAAAGUGAAUACCUUCAUAUUGGAAAUAAAGUGUUGAGUGAGCAGGACAGUGCAGCCGCUCAGCAGUACAGCAGACAGGGAUGUCCCACUGGCCUCCGAGCGCAGUUAUGGGCUCUGAUCCUCAAUGCCACUAAUGAUCCAGAGGACGUCAUGCAUUAUGAGCAACUGAAGGCUGCAGUCAUACACCACGACCUGCUGGUGGAUAAUCUAAUAUAUAAGGACGUGAAGCUGACUGCGAGUAAUGACGACUAUUACUUUGUGUUUGAAGAUUUUCUCUAUCAGGUUCUCCUGUGUUUUUCUCGAGACACUGCAGUUUUGGAGCACUUUAGCUACAAUAGUGCCACUCCUCCCAAAUCUUACAUCCAGGGCAAGACCAGUACAGAGGAGUUUGCUGUGGUGUAUCCUCCGAAUGGUGUUAUCCCUUUCCAUGGCUUCUCAAUGUAUGUGGCUCCCCUGUGUUUCUUGUACAACGAACCCUCAAAGCUGUACAGCGUAUUCAGAGAGAUGUAUGUGCGCUACUUCUUCAGACUUCACUCCAUAUCCUCCUCCCCCUCAGGUAUAGUUUCUCUUUGUCUGCAAUUCGAGAGGUUACUCCAGAGCCAUCUUCCCCAGCUCUCCUAUCAUUUACAAGAGAUUGGGGCUCAACCAUUGCGUAUCGCGUUUAAGUGGAUGGUUCGGGCCUUCUCGGGAUACCUAUCCACCGACCAACUCUUGUUGUUAUGGGACCGUAUCCUUGGCUACGGGUCUUUAGAGGUAGUAGCAGUUCUGGCGGCUGCCGUGUUCACGUUCCGGGCUGAAAAUCUGAUGGAGGUGACGUCACUGGCCUCAGCCGAGGCUGUCCUUGCUGACCUCUCAACCCUUAAGGUUAUGCCCCUCCUGCAGAUAUUCCUUUUUGCUACAGGCAUCUGAGGAGCAUGAUGUGAAGAUGCAUGUCCUUUCAAUGGGGUCAGCUGUGCCCAUGACAACCAAGUCAUUUUUGUUGUUGAAACUCAUAACAAAUAAGUGAAAAAUGAGGAGCAGAUGUGAAGAGCAAAUUGUCUGUGCCAUUAAAACCAGGUUUAAUCCCUCUGCACCCGUCCACAACCACGGUCUAAUCCAGCAGGUCUGCAGUGAAUAUGCAGCUUCGCAGGAUUUAAUACUGGCAUUCUUCAGAUGAUUGAUGGCGUCAUAUUACAACCUAAUAGUAUUUGUGACAAGUAUAUUGCAGCAACUUUCAGCAGUGAAAGAUGUAUUACUCAGCGGCCGUGACCUUCAGAAUUCUUUCGUGAAAACGAUCUUAAUAUAUGAAUAGAUAUAACUUGCACGUUAUAUUAUAAGUAAUAUAUGGAUGUUAUGCAGGAUUUUUUUUUUUCAAUAAAUACAACUAUGCCACACUUGCAGUUUUAAACUGAUAAACAUAAAUCGAAGGCAGCACCGGAGGAUCCUGGGAACUGAAAGCCAUCCACAGUGCAUUUCCACCCCAGUCCCAGUUUCCCCAUCAUAGGCUCACAGUGCUAUGAAGCUGUUACUGGAUAGAAAUGGGGGAAUUAAUGAAUCUUUUGUUGCCUCUUCAUAGAAUAACAUGUUUAUGAAGUAUAUAGCACACGUUUGAGAGGAAGUGUUAUCAUUUAAAAAGUACUUCCUCCAGGACUGCGUUUCAUCAGACGAAAAAUCCGAGCUGUCUGUUGUCUCAUAUAUUGUUUACUUUGCUUUUCUUGGAAGGGUGGAAUAUAUAAGCUUAUAAUAGACCUAUAUGUAGUUUUUGGCUUAUAUGAGGUAUUAAAUGCAUUUAAGAUUGUUUCUAGUGAAAGUAAAAUUCCAUGUAAUAGACAAGACUAGGAAAUAAAGAUCCUUGAUCCGGGAGCGAAGCUGUAAUAAAAUAAUUAGCGCCAUAAACUGAUUGUGCCAGCAAAUUGAAAAGGUAUGCAUGCAGAUAAGACGCAUGCCUCGGAUAAAACAAGCUUUCUCCUAAAUGCCAGUAUAUACAUAGUUACAUAUUUAAUGCACAAUCAUUUUGUGUUUAUUGCGUUCACUGCUUGUGUAUUAUGUAUGCUGGCUUUUUAUGUCUGAGGUUCUUGAUGCACACCAUGGAGGCAAAAAGAACAUGCUUGAAAAACAGACCUGUUGUUAUGUGACAAAUAAAUUUGCCUAAAGCAUAUGAUGUGGAUUUUCCUUGUACUGGUUGAUUACAUAAAUCCCUCCAAAUAUAUAAUAUAUCCUCAGAACA